UUGAAGAAAAAGGACAAACAGAUGAUGAAGCAUGAGCUCUUCCUGCAACGUUUAGACGCAUCUCGAGCCCCUUACUCCAAGUCCCACGCACGGCGAAUAAAGAGGAAGGAAAAAGAAGAGAUUGCCGGUGGCUUAGGAGCGAUCAAAGCUGCACUUUCCUCCAUGGAGGGUGUCGACGUCCCCCUUCAUUCUGCCGCGGCCCCAUCUGGCAACCAGGGUUCAAGCGCAAAAGCUUCGGCGAUAGCACAGCGCCGACCUGGACAGAUCGGUGAGGGCAAAGGAGCGCCUCUUACCAAAGCACAACGAAAGCAGGCACUAAAAGCGGAGAGACUACGACAGCCGUUGAUCCUCUCCAACCCCGAUUUUGCUGCAAAUCCGUUCAAGACAAUACGACUGCAUGCACAGAACACCCUAAUCCCGCAUGAAAGAUCUGCGUAG